ACUGCCCCCUCCUGUUACCCAGGCCAAGUCCAGGUCUCUGUGGGCCAGGCAGGGUCUCCUCCCAUUGUGCGGGGAAGCUGGGGGCUGCCCAGACCUGCCCACUUCCCACCCUGACCUCUAAUCAGACCAUACUGGACAGAGGACCUCAGAUGGGCUCAGCCUCUUCUGCUGGUCAGAACCCCAGGGCCACAUCAGGUCAGGGAUGCCCUGCUCCUCAGCAAGGGCUGAGCACUGGGCUGCAAGGACCAGGAGGCCUGGUCCAGUCUGUGCUCCUGUGACUCUGAGAGGGGUUAUGUGUCAGCAGUCUCUGGGGAAUGUGUUAGGGUGGUUAGAAAGUUCCUGUGUCAGGACAGGAAGGCUACAUGCAGAGUGAGGCCAGGACUGGAUCCAGCAAAGAAAAGAGACGUUGGUGGGAACAGGGUGAGUCUCCACGGAGGUUCCAGCCUGGCUUGUCAGAACACUGACAUUGGUGCCCUAGUUUUUGCAAAUGCACCAUCACAAUGUAAGAUACUAACAGUAGGGAAGACAGGGUAAACUCUCUAUAAAUCUAAAAUUAUUCCAAAAUUAAAAGUUUAUUUAGAAAGAGGAGUAGAAGGACUGAGACUCCAGGGACAGAAAUGGAUCUGUCUGCUAUUUCCUCAUGUCUCUACGUGGCUGAUCAGAGGUCCAGGGUCUCCAUCUGCCAUCUCCCCUUUAACAGCCUGAGCUGCCUGUGUCCAGAGCAGGGCGUUGCCUGCAGGAGCCACGUGAACCGCAACAUUUUUAACAGCUUCUGCCGGCCACCUCCCACAUCUAUGUCUGGAUUAGUCCUGGAGACCCUGACCCUCUCCACUGUGUUGAAGUGUACCCCCGAUGAUGGCUGUGCCCUACUCCUGCGGGUUCAAGCCUCCCUGACCCUGCAUGAGCGUCUGCGUGGCCUGGAGGCCUGCUCCACAAGCCUCUACACCCAGGAGACACAGUGUCAGAGUGUGCGCGUCCCUAGAGCCUCCCGCCAGCUGCAGGCGAGGCAGCAGCUCCAGGUGCACUUCAACUGCUUCGAGGUGAGCGUGGCCCAGCACCUCCAUGUCACCCUGAGGACUAUCCCCCACUUCUGCGGGGUCCAGCUCGAUCAGCAGUACCACGUGGAAGACUGCAGAGAGGAGGACGUGGGGAGGAGUCUGCCUGACUGCUUCGCAGGGAAGCUCCACUACUGGGUGGACCGCAGGCGCAAGGCCAUCCUGGUGCAGGUGCCUGCGACCUUCAGGAGCCUUGACUACUACGUGCGGCUCUGCCUCAGGUGGUUCACCUGUGAGGAUGCCAGCGCACCUGUGCUAGUGACUGCCAACAGCUCCACUAGGACAGUCUCUCUGCCUUACAGCCAGGUGCUACCCUGCCUGUGCCUGGAGCAGGGCUGGGCUGCUGCCCCUGAUGCAGUGCGGAUCCAGAUCUGCCCUUUUGAAGAUGACACAGAAGUGCUAUGGGAUGCUAUCCGUUACCACCCGGGAAGCCAGGCGCUGAGUUGGGAGCCCGCCUGCCCUGUCAGUGGCCAUGUGAGCCUGUGCUGGCGCCUGGACCCUGGUGGCCCUUGCCAAGACCUGCGGCACUCCAGCCGCCAGGCACAGCGCACAGUGCAGUACCCGCUGGUGGACACCCAGCCCCAGCUCUGCCUAAAGUUCUCCACCAAUUUGGGGUUCCAGGUGAAGUGCCCAUUCCAACAUCGUGGCUUCCCAGCCUGGAAGAUGACCGUUCAGCCAGUACCCAAUCGGGGCCUCCUCCGGGCUGCCUUCUUCUCGUCCAGCCCUGCUCACUUCCAGGCACGCCUGUGUCUUGGAGGAAAGUCACAGCUCCUUGCCUGCCAACCAGCACUCCGGGCCAGCCCCCUCCCUGCAGCCUCAAUCCAGGGUGACCCCAGGGCAGACUCUGCAGUUGCAUUCCUGGACAUUCCCUGGGAAGAGGCCUGUGCCCCAGGCAUCUGUAUCCAGGGCUGGAGGGCUGAUGUGCAUGUCUCCAUCCCACAGCAGCUGUGUGACCUCCAGUGCUACCAGCCUGAGACAGCCAGGACCAUUCCAGCUUCUUCUCAGAGCACUCGCAUGUUGGCCGAAGUCUACUUGUCCCUUCACCAUUCCUUCGAGGACUCUGCUGAGAACCUAGAGCACUGAGUACCACGUGUGGCACCCACCUCACCUGGACCCCUUCCCAGGGGUCAGGCCAGGGCAUAUGCCUCCCCAGGCUCCAGCAGCUCCUAUGGUCCCAGAGCCACCUGCCUGGCCUUCUGCUGGAAUGUGCAGUCCUGAAAUUUUAUACUCACUGAGAGCCAGUGAGGGUCACUGAGGCUCCAUGCUAAAGGACCACAGAGGGACACUCAGCCCUGCAGUGCCACCUGAGCACAGCAGAGAUGCUUGCGGCUCUGCCCUCCUAGAGGGCACUGGGCCUUUUCCCUCCUUCAGUGGUAUCUGCUGCCCUGGGAGACUGGGAGUGCAGGGUCACAAGUGCCCUGUUAAGUAAACACCACUGCCUCUUCCCUUGAGGUCAGAGAUUUCCAUCUUGGGGCUGGUGGGGACAGUAUCACUGCGCCCAGGUUUACCUGUUAAGGUGGGCAGGGCCAGGACUGGGCGGUGAUAGCCUGCAGGGAUGAGGCUGAGCAAUGGCCAUGGCAGAGCCUGCCCCCUGCCAAGCUGGACCUGAGAACAGUCCCAAAGUUUUGGGGUGCCAAUGCUCCUGAUGCCUGUGCUCACAGGCAUGUGUGUGGUGCGGUGGGUGGGGGUCUGGGCCUGCCCUGGGGCAGGGGCCUUGGGACUCAGCUAUGGGAGGCCAGGGUACUUGGAUCAGACUUUGCAUCAGGUGGGUCAGUGUCACUGGGUGUGAGCAGACAUCCUGCGCAAGUGUGCCCAUAUGGAGCAGUGGAGAGGCCUCCUAAGGCAUGCAGGCAGGGAGGCCAGAGGGGAGCAUGGAGAGUCUGCCCCAGGUACCCACCCUGGGUGGAAGGCGAGGGGCUUGGCUCAGCUGAGCAAGUCAGUUCCUACUCCUGACCCCUGGGGCAGCCAGGGGCAACCCUGGCAAUGCACAGACCCCAGCCCUGUCAGGGGCUGUUCUGGGAAUCCCUGCAGACCUGGACGUGGGGUAGGGACCACCUGCUGGAGGUCUCUGGCUGAGCUCCCACCUGCCCAGUUGUGGCCUCCUGAAGACUUUAUCAUAACCCUGGCCAUCCCACAGAGGGGGGAAAUUGAGGCCCAAACAGAGGCUAUACUCAGACCCCUGCUGCCUCAUUAUCCUGCACAGAGAAGGGAGUUGCUGGCUGGACAACAUAAGUGCACUGCCACCAAGUGGUGGUUGCCCUCAGUGCCAGUUCUGAGACCCAUCACCACCCUACCUCCGAGUCAGGAUCCUGGGCUACACAAGGCCCCACUGCCCAGCGGCCCUUUCUUGGCCCCUGACCCUGUCCUACCCUCCACCACCUCUACAGAAACCAUGCCCCUGUCCCAGGCAAUAUCCAAUAUCCCUUGUAAAUAUUGAUGUAAAAAUCUCAGUGAAAUAUUAGCAAACAGCAGUAUAUUGAAAGCAUUAUAUACCAUGAACUAGGGGAAUUUUUUCCAGGAAUGCAAGGAUAGUUCAACAUGCAGAAAUUGGUCAGUGGAAUACAUUUAUAGAAUGAAGAAAAAAUAACACAUGAUCAAUUGGUGCAGAAAAAGCACCUGACAAAAUCCAACAUCCUUUCAUGAUAAAAAUGCUCCAAAAACUAGGAGCAGAAGCAAUUACUUCAACAUGACAAAGACUGCCCAUGAAAAACCUACAGCUAAAAUCAUAAUAGCAAAGGACUGAAAACUUCCCCUAAGAUCAGGAGUAAGACAAGGAUAUCAACUUUCUUUCUUUUCUUUUUCUUUUUCUUUUUUAGACAGAGUCCCACUAUGUCGCCCUUGAUAGAGUGCCGUAGCAUCACAGUUCACAGCAACCUCAAAUUCUUUGGCUUAAGCGAUUCUUUUGCCUCAGCCUCCCAAGUAGCUAGGACUACAGGUGCCUGCUACAGUGCCGGGCUAUUUUUUGGUUGCAGUUGUCGUUGUUUUAGCUGGCCCAGGCUGGGUUUGAACCUGCCAACUUUGGUGUAUGUGGCUGGCGCUGUAACCACUGUGUUAUGAGCACCGAGCCAGGAUACCCACUUUCAACAUUUUUAUCCAAUUAGUUCUAAAAUCUUUAGCCAGAGCAAUUAAAUAAGAAAAAUAAAGGUAUAUUCAAAUUAGAGAAGAGGAAUCAAAAGAUCUCUAUUAACAGACAACAUGAUCUCAUUUAUAAAAAAAUUCUAUAAUCACAAGAAUGGAGAAGCAAGAAUCCAAUGUAUUCAAUUCUGACAUGAGGACAACUGAUGCUGGUCCAUGGUGGGGGGUGGCGGAAUGGGGGAGUAGAGAGAGGGAAGGAGGAAGGCGGUGGGGGUCCCGUUGUGUGACACACCUCUUGGGGGCGGGACACAAUUAUAAGAGGGACUUUACCUAACAAAUGCAAGCAGUGUAAACUGGUUCUUUGUACCUUCAAUGAAUCCCCAACAAUAAAAUAAAUAAAUAAAUACUUUUCAGAAGAUUUACAAGAGAUU